UUUAUUUACUGGUUUGUCUAUGCGAUGAAAUUAGUGGCUGACAAAACAGACAAAUUAGUAAAAAAAUCAAAACGAUAUCUAUUAUUGGCAUUACGAUUAAAUAUGAGCAAAAGAUCAUUAAAGGAUGGUGAAACAUUACAGAGGCCCGUAAAAGAAUCAAAGAAACAUUGGUCAUUAGGCUUAGUGGAAUCUAUGAAAGAUCCUGAUGCUGUUUACAAAGAAACAGAACGUAUUGUUGUUAUACGUGAUAAAUACCCAAAAGCUAGAGUACAUUAUCUAGUUUUACCUACGAAAGAAAUAAGCAGCAUCUAUAAAUUAGAUAAAACACAUUUAGAUCUUAUCACUGAGUUUGGAACUAUGUUUCAAACAAUUAAAAAUGAACUUACAGACGUUGAUCUUAGAGCCGGUUUUCAUGCCGUUCCUAGCAUGCAAAGGCUUCACAUGCACAUAAUUAGUAAGGAUAUGGAUUCAAAAUGUCUAAAAACUAAAAUACAUUGGAAUAGUUUUACCACUAGUUUUUUUAUACCCUAUGAAGAUUUGUUGCGAAAGUUAAAAGAAAAUGGUUGCAUAGAAAGGAUUUCAAGUGACAUGCACAAAGGUUUAAUUUCAACUCCACUUAAGUGCAAUCAAUGUAGCUUUGAACCAAAAAAUAUACCUCAAUUGAAGCAACAUUUAUUAACUCAUUUAUAAUAAGUUUCCAUUUAUAUUGUUUCAUUAAUUUUGUUAAUUAAAGGUUUAAAACUUUAGGCUUAGGCUUAGCUCUAAAUAGCUGGAUCAUACAAAUAAUCCAGCUAUUAAUGGUGUGCAAAUUUGCAUCAUAGCAUGUAUGAUCAAUGCAAAGAUUUGCUCAAGCUGGUAUAUUGUACCUAGUUACAAGCAACUUUAGCCAAGUCGGUUUUUACACUAGCUUUAAUCUAUCUAAUAAUUUUGCACUGUGUUUUUUUAUUCUUAUUAUGAAAGUUGUAAAUAAAAAUGCAGAUUAUCUG